CAACACCCAGGCCACAGUCCAGUCCAGUCCCAGCAAAAGAAUACCGAGUACUCAGUACAUCACCGAGUAUGCCCACCAACGCCACGGCCCGCACAGAGAAUAUCGUCAUUCAUCGAACCCGAUCCCGAUCAUCGAUCGCCCAUCUCGAUCCCGUGUCGGAUUCUCGAUCGACCACGCCAUAUUCCUUUGUCUUCUUGUGCUGUGCUAUGCUAUCCCUGCUGACUUGGAGGUGGAUGUUCAAUCACAAUGCAAGAAAGCCAGGCAAGAAAGAUCGAUCGGGAUCUUGGGUCAUCGAGGGAUGAAUCGAGCCAUCGAGCCAUCGAUGGAGAUCGAGAUCUAGAAUCGUAUCGCUGGUUGUUGGGUUUGAUUUGGAGGGUGGAUUGGUGAUUGGUGUAGAAGCUGGUUGACUACACCCGACAAGGUAGUAACUAAUGUAAUUGCC